AUGAGUGCAUAUUUUAUUAUGAAAGCUGAUCGUAUUUUGUUCCACACUGACUGCGAGCCGCAUGGCCAGUGGUGGCAGGAAGCGAAGCAAAUUCCAGUGUUAGAAUUGCUAUACCGGCAGGCCCCUGUUUAUAUUUUUAAUCAAAAAUUGAAUGCAUUUCUUCCGGAGCAUGCUGCCGAUGUUGCCAGACUUGAAAUUCUCCAAGAACUAGGUGGUGUUUAUUUAGAUACGGACGUAGUGGUCGUCAACUCACUAGAAACUCUAAGGCAUUACGAGUUUGUUAUCGGACAACCGGCUUCUUACAUUCUUAAUAACGGUAUGAUGGUCGCUACAAAGAAUUCGCGAUUUUUGAGACUGUUCUAUGAAAGUUACCAAAACUACAAUGGCAUUUGUUUCACUUGCAACUCCGGCAUCCAACCACUGAGACUGGCAAUAAAACGCACGGAUCUCAUUCAUAUAGAGCAAUCUCGAAUACUAGAGUGGAAUCAUCAUCAAUUAUUUUUCGGUAAAUACCCUUGGUGGAAGAAUCGAUUCACUGUGCAUGUCUGGAUGAGAGCAUACAGAGAACGCUGGCUCUCCUAUGAAUUCAAUGCAAGUAACAUACGACAACUAGAUACGGCUUAUGGGGAGAUUUGCCGUUUUAUUUAUUAUGGAUCGAAAGACAUAAUAACUAGCAAUACAGUGGUGCCGAGAUUGGAACUUUUACGGAAACGCAAAACACUUGAAUGA